GUAAAUUCAAUCUCAUUUUUUCAUCAGUCAAUUUUUGUCUGACCCAAAUUCAAUUAGUACCCACUUCAUUUAAAGCUUGUUAUCAAAACCACCUUUUUGUUUUAUUUUAAAAAGAAAACCCAAAUAAUAACAUUUCUUGUUUUGAUUGGCAGAAAGAUGUUGCACUUUCCAGAUCCUUCAAAACUCAGAACUAAAAAGAUUGUGUUUGAAGCGGUAUACCGUGCUCAAGAUUCAGGGACUCUGGAACAACUAAAAGAGUUAAGCUCUAAGAGGGUAAAUGUUGAAUCUAUCAACAAUAACAGCUCCAUUACGGAUGCAAUUGCAAGGGAAAUGUCUGGGGGAUUGACUUCUCAAUGUGAACAGGAUAUUCAAAAGCUAGAACUAUAUCUGCCGUUAUUGGAGAACUUGGUUCACCAUGUUGAUUUAAUUAGUGAUGACCCACGGGUGAUUCGUUGGAAUGAAAGUCUGAAGAUAAGGUGGACUAGUCCUCUUAGUCCUUCAUCUUUCUUCAACCUCAUGGGUCCAAAGUUCUUUCAGAUUGAUAAUCUGCGUUUUGAGCUUGGAAAUGUUUUGUUCUUUUAUGGUGCAAUGCUCCGAGAAUGGGCUUCUCAAGUGCUAUUGACAGAUUUAGUACAAUCGAUGUCCCUAUUCAGAAAAGCUGCAGGGGUUUAUCAUUAUUUGGCUCAUGAUGUUCUUCCAUCUAUAAAAGAUGCACUCACCCCUGAAGGUCCACCUGAAGCAACUGCACCUGUUUCUUCGGUUAUGAGUUUCAUUUGCUUGGCCGAGGCUCAGAUAGCAAGUAUAAUGAAGGCUGAAGAGAAACGAAUCUCUGAUGGACUUUUGUCGAAGUUGCAUUAUGGUGUUGUAUUGUUUUUCGAUGAGGCAGCCAAUCAUUUUAAGACAGCAGCCACAGAAUGCAAAGAUUUCUCACCAAUAUUGAUGGAUUUCAUUUCUUGUUGUAAGGUGGUGCAUGAGUUAAGAAGUUACAAGUACAUGGCACAAGCUCUAAGAACAGAUGGACUGAUCGGAACUGCAAUUGGUCUUCUACGCAUGGCAUUAAAAAAUGUGCAAAAGAAUGUGGGAGGGAUGGAGUCAUGGCGAAUGGUUAUCAAGCAAGAAAGGGAAACUCUGUCUGAUUUACUAAGAGAGUUUGAGAACGAGAAUGGGUUGUAUUGGCAAGAAAAAAUACCCUAUGAUGAGGAUUUGCCGUUGCUAGAAGGCAAAAAGAUAACAAGUUGCAUCCCUUAUCAUCCUGAAAAAUGGGAAAGAACUCUAGCCCUGAAGAUAUAAACGUAUGAUAUUUCCACACAUGCGGAAAGGUAGUUAUUUCCACAACGUUGUCUGCUAUAUAACUUUCCUUCACUAGGAUUUUCAAUUUGUUGCUUGGAUUAUGAGGUGAUUGAAGAGGCAAUUUGUACUUGUCGAAUAUACGAUCAUGCUGGUGAAUUGAGUGACAGUGGUAGGACGUUAUUAGAUGGCCGGGGUACACAGAUGUAUGAUAUUAGUUGGUAGAUGUGGUGGUGAAUUGUGAAUCGAACGGCUCAUUUGUUUCUAUUUUGGUUAUAUCAAUUGUUAUUGAUAUCAUAUUUUGGAGGAUACUAAAUGCAAAUAGAGGCUUUUGUUAAUC